AUGGUAGAUGGAUUGAAUUCGGUGAUGAAUUUUGGGAUUAUUUAUAACUUACAUAUAAUGGCUGAUAUCAAAAUAGUAAAAAAGUUAGUAGCUGGGAAACCUGCUUGA